CGGAGAGCACGCUAUCAACGUCAUUCUAUCUUUGUUUUACAUCUAAUGAGCAAUAAAGAUAAAAUGAUGCAACAGCGCUGAUAGCGCGCUCCCCGAACGCAGCCAUAGUGAAAUUACAAAAGUGAGCGAAUUUACUAAAAUAUCUAUGAUCUUAUUGGUCAACAACUAGUAAAUUUGCUCACUUUUGUAAUUUUCACUACAUUGCAUGGAUACACAAUCGACUCCCUGAGCCGCGGGAUUCUUGUAUAUGCGAUAUCCAGUUGUGUAUAGAAAUCAGUGAACAUAUUUUGCGUGAAAUAGAAAUUGCAGUGCACACGACUGUGUUAAGUGAGGUCAGUUGAAGUGUUCGAUUGCUCAAAUGAACAAAAAUGAGUCAAUGAACAGAUACGGGCCUCUCGUCGGUGCAAUCGACGAAGGCACGAGCAGCGCCAGAUUUCUGGUUUUUGCAACAAAUACAGCAGAAGUCUUGACAUAUCAUCAAAUCUCAAUAUCAAGGACUUCUCCGCAAGAAGGAUGGGUUGAACAAGAUCCUUUAGAAAUAUUGAAAGCUGUUAAAGAAUGUCUUAAGCAAACUGUAUUUAAUUUGAGGCAGCUGAGAAUUGAUCCAGCUGACAUAGUUGCUAUUGGUAUAACAAAUCAGAGAGAAACUACGGUUGUAUGGGAUUCCGUCACAGGAGAACCACUUUAUAAUGCCAUAGUAUGGAUGGAUAUGAGAACUGCAUCAAUUGUGGAUGAGAUAUUAAAUGGAGUACGCAAUAGAAAUAAAAAUUAUUUGAAGCCACUUUGCGGCCUGCCAAUCAGUCCAUAUUUUAGUGCAUUAAAAUUAAAAUGGUUGCUAGAAAAUGUAUCUCAAGUUCAAGAAGCACUGGCUGCAAAGCGUCUUAUGUUUGGCACCAUUGACUCUUGGUUAAUUUGGAAUCUGACUGGAGGUGUUGCCGGUGGUGUUCACAGUACGGAUGUUACAAAUGCUUCACGAACAAUGUUGAUGAAUAUUGUGACUUUGAAAUGGGAUCCUACUUUGUUGUCAUUUUUCAAUAUACCUGCUGAGAUUUUGCCUCAAAUAAGAAGCUCCUCUGAGAUUUAUGGUUACUUACAAGAAGAAGUGCUGCAAGGAGUUCCUAUAUCGGGAUGUUUAGGUGAUCAACAAUCAGCUUUAGUAGGUCAACUGUGUUUACAGCAAGGACAAGCAAAAAAUACUUACGGCACUGGUUGUUUUCUUCUCUAUAACACUGGCACAGCUAUUGUGGAUUCAUCCCAUGGCUUGUUAACGACGGUUGCUUAUCAAUUAGGAGCGCACACUGCUCCCGUAUAUGCCCUUGAAGGAUCCAUAGCUAUGGCAGGUGCAGUUGUACAGUGGUUAAAGGAUAAUCUCGAAUUAUUGACUGAUGUAAAAGACUGCGAAGCUAUUGUUAAACAACUGUCGCCAGCAAACAAUCGUGUUAUCUUUGUACCAGCGUUCACCGGAUUGUACGCUCCAUAUUGGAGGAAGGAUGCGCGAAGCGUUAUAUGCGGUCUGAGUGAAGAUACCAAUAGCGCUCAUCUUAUCAAGGCUGCACUGCAAUCGGUAUGCUUUCAGACGAGAGAUAUUCUCGAAGCUAUGAAAAAAGAUACCGGUUUGAAACUGAAAACGUUAUUAGUCGACGGUGCGAUGUCAAACAAUGAUACAUUGAUGCAGAUGCAAGCCGAUAUUAGUGGAAUUCCAGUAGUUAGGCCGAUGUUCAGCGAAACUACUGCAUUUGGAGUUGCGAUUGCCGCAGCAAGCGCAAAGGAAAUACAUAAAUGGGGACAUGUGAAGAUUGAAGAGUGUGCUCCUCCUUGUGAGAGUUUUCUUCCGUCAAUAAGCGAGAAUGAAAGUGAUAUUUUGUACUCCAAGUGGAAAAUGGCUAUCGAUAAGAGUUUAGGAUGGGAGCCGUUACCAGAAAUAAAUGAAGGUACAAAGGAUGUACAUAAAGUGACUGCAGGUGGUGUAUUUAUUAUUAGCACUAUAAUAUUGCUUAUGGUUGCUAAGUACAGAUCUGUUUGAGGCUUGUAGAUGUUUUGUGCAAUAUCGUGCAUUGCAUUUAAAUUUCCACUCAAUAAACAAUGCAAAUGAUUAUUGUUACAAAUGCGAUAAAGAAAUCACUUUAUCUAUAUAAACAUUUAUGAAGUAAAAGAAAGAGUCAAGAAUAAAAGUGCCAUAACAUUAAAAAAGAUGUGUUAAGGCUAUUUUAUGUUUAUGAAAACUAGAUAUAUAUUUAUUGUAACUUAUAUAUUUACCGUUUAUGGAGGUUUCUUUUACUGUCUCAAUAUUUUUAUGACGUUUCUUAUUU